UAGAGCAAUUUGAUUUUCAACCUGAAUUGCACAAGUCGAAGGAGCUGAAAAUUGCAGUUUCUUUCAGAGCAGAGGGGAAUUCCUGUAUAGGCAUGGAUUUCAUUGAGCCAAUCCUAGGCAUCGCUCAGGAGCUGUAUUCGCUCUGCUCUAAGGUGAAGGCUAACCGCAGUCGCUGCAGGCGGCUGGCAUCCCGGGUCCAGGCUCUGAUGGGCACAGUGAAGACUAUCCAGACUCAGGGGCCCGAGGGCCAGCCGGCAGCGGUGCGCAGGGGCCUGCGGGAGCUGAAAGGAACCCUGGAGUCGGCGCGAGAGAUGGUGAAGAAGUACUGCUUCAUGAAUAAAGUGCAGAGGUUCAUUGGGGGGCACGGCCUGAGUGAAGACUUUAACCUGCUGAACGAGCGGCUGAAUGAUGCCGUCAACGACCUCUCGCUCGCCCUGCACUCCGACGAGAAGGAGCGGCUCCAGAAGAUCUUCAGAGUGCUGACCCGGGCACAAGAGGACAGGGAAGACAGUGAGCAGGACAGGAGGGACAUGGAGACACUACUCUCUCAGCAGCUAAAGAUAAAUGAGAAGGUGGAGACUGUGAGUGAGGCUGUGGACUCCACCUUGGAGGAUGUGAGGGAAAUCAAGAGCAUCCUGAAGUCCAUGAAGGAGCAGAGUCCCCAGCUGCCAGACAUCAGGGAGAUCAAGAUUGAGGAGCUAAAGUACAACAGCAAGCCCUUUAUGAAAACCAACAACUCAGAGAUGUACAAGGGAGAAUACAACAAGUUCACUGUCGCCAUCAAAAGAUUCACCUACCAAAUGAGCACUAGCGCAGAUGAGGUCCGGAGAGUUUUCAAAAAGGAGGUCGAAACAAUGAGACGAUUCGAGUCCCCUAACAUUCUGAGGAUGUAUGGAAUUUGUGUUCUGAACGAGAAUAGCCCUGUCCCAGAUUUCCUGAUCGUGAUGGAGUUCUGUAAGCACGGCAGUCUGCGGCAGGUUCUGGACGGGAAGCGGGAGCUGUCGUGGCAGACAAGGAUACAGAUGUGCCUGGACGCGGCCCAGGGGCUGUACAGACUGCAUCAAUCAGAGGAGCAGUUUAAAGUCCAUGGCUGUAUUAACAGCAUCAAGUUCCUUGUUGAUUCUGGGUUCAGGGUGAAGCUGGGAGGGUUUGAGCUGGCAAAGACCGAGACCUCUCUGAGGAAGAACAAAGACAAGAAGAGCCAUGCGUUGUGCUACUGCUCCCCCCAGCAGCUGGAUAGCAUCAACCAUCAAUAUGACAAAGCCUGCGAGGUCUACAGUUUUGGUAUUGUCCUGUGGGAAGUGGCCACCAGGAAGAUCCCUUUCGAAGGCUUGACACCCAAACAGAUUCAUCAGCAGGUCUGUAUAGAGAAGUACAAAGAGCCCCUCCCCCAGGACUGCCCCCCUGAACUGGCCAAGGUGAUUGACGCCUGCCGCUCUUUCGACCCCUUCCAGCGGCCCACUGCGGGAGCGCUGGUGGAUGAUUUACGGAAGACUGUGGAGGAUGAUUGCUCCCCCAUAUUAUAGAGGACAGCUUGUGGGAAUACCAUGAUGAUGUGAAUCCAGUCAUCAUAAAAACCGAACAUAACAAAACCAGGUGCUGAAAACUAGAAUGGAGCUGAAACAUGUCUGUUACCACCACUACUUCCACUUCCCUAAACUGUUUUUAUUGUCGAAAUGCGGUGUGGUUGUUAUAUUUUUUUUUCCUAAAAAAUCCAUCCAAGAUACAAACAGGAAAGCAAUAUUUUCAUGCUGUAAUGCACUGCCAUUUCUGCCCAUUAGAUUGAAUAGCAAGGCAAGGGCUGGACACGAACCGCAAACCAUAGAGUUCAAAGGCAAAUGCCUUGCCAUGAGCUCUGUAGUCGGGAAGCAACUGUCUUAUGCUGAUGUCAGUAUUAACUCCCUACCCUCUAGAUCUAUCCACCCCCCCACCCCCCCCUUAUUCAAAUCUCCUCCUUGAGCGUAAACACAAGUGGAUGUCCACUGAGCGAGUUUCACCAUUGAAGAGGAGGGAACAAUUCCACCCUACAGGAGAAACGACCAAUGAAGUGAACCCCAUCUGCUCAUUCGGCCUCCCCCAGGAUCUGGAGCGACUACAGAAUCACGUGUCUCACUAGCCAGCAUACAUGCUAUAGCUUAUAUAAUCAUGCAAUAAACAUGAAUAUUUAAUUCCGUGGUUCAACAACAGGGGUCACAAUUUGCAUAUCAGUGAGCAGGAGAAUGGUUUGUGAAGAGUGUGUAAAAAAUUUCAUGCAGGCAGCUACUUACAUUGUGAAAACUGAUCAAAAAAUAUAUUUAGUGACUAGUGGGUUCGCACUCAGUUUUGCUGCAUUUUGUCUGUAUAUUUUACCAGAGGCUGCUGCCUUUUACAGUCUUUCUGAACUUAAAUUGUUUACAUCAAAUCAAAGCUAUUUAGGAGCUCGUUCAGCCAUAUUCUAUAUGGCUGAAAUGCCAUCAAGUGGACAGUCUUGUUCAAUUUAUUGGAGGGUAGUGUACACUGAUAUACCUUUUGCAAACUCUUAGUGUGUCAAACCCUGCCUGACUGAUGCCAGUAACAAAAAACACAAACUGCAAUAUUGCUACAUUCAAAUCAUUAUAGUGAACAGUCUUACAUAGUUUCUACUUCCAGUAGCUAUGUAGAUCUCAAUUGUGGCAUUUUCCAAGAAACACAUGGUGCAGCAAACAUGUCUUUUCAUUUUAAAACAUGAGAUCCGGUACUACAUCAGGUUAAAGAAAGUUCUCAUUUCCCAUGCAUUACUCAAGAAUUCUUUGUUACAUGUUGUUACACUUCCAGUGGAUAGUAUAUUUAUAUAAAAUGACAAUCGGGAUGCUUUUAGAGAGCUUACAUGGAAACUUUUUAUAUGAUUAUUUUAUUGAUAAAUACCGGGUGUCCUAGCAUGGAUCAUCCUCUGCCUUUUGCUUUCUUUUGACAGGUGUCCCCAAAGGCUCAGUCCUGGGACCCCUCCUGUCUUCUUUCUACACCCACUCCCUUGUUCCCCGCAUCUCUGAUGGCUUCUUUUAUUAUUUCUACGCUGAUGAUGCCCAGACCUUUUCUUCUCCCCUCUUCCUCCCCCACUGCUAAUCGCUCUAUCUCUAUUUCUCGUGAAUCCAUAACCCUUUCUCCCUUCCCAUCCACUAAGAACCUCUGUGUCACCCUCGACCCCUCCUUCUCCUACUCUCAGCACAUCUGUACUCUAACACGCUCCUGUCGCUUCUUCCUC